GCGAGACGAAAGCCCUCUCCGUGGAAGCGCGGGUGGACGGUCGCCUUGGUGUCGUGGGUUCCGGGAGCCAGGCUGAGCCAUGGGAAAGCUGCUGCUGGGGCUGGCGGUCAUUGGCAUCGUUGGCGCGUUGAUCGGGGAGAGGCUGGUGAUGUUUCGACAUAGAUUGUGUGCCUCACGAGAAAUGAAACCCAAGCGGCUUCCAAAUUGUCACCUAAUUAAAGGAAUUGAGUCCGGUUCAGAAGACAUUGAUGUACUUCCUAAUGGGUUGGCUUUCAUCAGCUCUGGUCUGAAAUAUCCUGGUUUAAAAAGCUUUGCACCUGAUAAAAAUGGACAAAUAUUACUGAUGGAUUUAAAUGAAGAAAAUCCUCAUCCAGUUGAACUAAAGAUCAGCCGUGGGUUUGAUAUGGCAUCUUUUAAUCCUCAUGGGAUCAGUAUCUAUACUGAUGAGAAUGAUACUGUAUAUCUCUUUGUCGUAAAUCAUCCGCAAUACAAGUCAACGGUGGAGGUAUUUAAAUUCGUUGAAGACGAAAAUUCUUUGCUGCACUUAAAAACUAUCAAACAUGAGCUCCUAUCAAGUGUGAAUGAUAUUAUGGCUGUGGGCCCGGAUAGUUUCUAUGCCACCAAUGAUCAUUAUUUCUCAGAAAGCAUCGGAAUGCUUUUGGAGAUGUUCUUGGGAUUGAGCUGGACAAAUGUUGUUUACUAUAGCCCAAAGGAAGUUAAAGAAGUAGCAGCAGGAUUUUACAGUGCCAAUGGCAUUAAUAUUUCACCAGAUGGGAAGUAUGUCUACGUUGCUGAUAUUUUAGAUCAUAGCAUUCAUGUCUUUGAAAAACAUGAUAACUUGAGUUUAACUCCUGUGAAGGUCCUGCAGUUGGACACUAUCCUUGAUAAUAUCUCAGUUGACCCUUAUACUGGAGACCUUUGGUUAGGAUGUCAUCCCAAUGCUGCAAAACUCAUUUUUUAUAAUCCAGAGGAUCCUCCUGGCUCAGAGGUCCUUCACAUCCAAAAUAUCCUUUCUGAUAAGCCUACAGUCACACAAGUGUAUGUGGAUGAUGGGUCAGUAAUUCAAGCAAGUUCGGUUGCUACCAUCUAUGACAAACAUCUCCUCAUUGGCACUGUGUUUCACAGAGGCCUUCACUGCCAGCUGUAGUUGUCAGUCCAUGAACUUUGUCUCAUUUGAAAAAGUCAAUAUCACUGAUAUUUGAGCCAAGCUUUCUGACACAUGCAGAUCUGUAAUAGCAAACUUUGACCUGCAUUGCAAUAGACAUUAACAAAAAUAUUCUGAUCUCAUCUCUUCUCCAAAAGGAAUUAUUGUAAGAACUUUGGGGAUUAAAAAAGCCUGUGAUACUGAAAUAAGUGUUUAGAAUGAUAUAAGCUGAAAAUAAACUUACUUUUAUUGA